AAGGAGAAAACAGUGCAGUCCAGAACAGGGUAGAAUUUGUAAAAAAUAGCCAUAAUAUUUUUUGUUUUAAUCUGUCCUUUUGGUAGGCUGUAUAUCUAAGAAAAGAUGGCAGAUCCUUGGCAAGAAUGUAUGGAUUAUGCAGUUGCUUUAGCAAGGAAAGCUGGGGAGAUAAUCCGUGGAGCACUCAAAGAAGAAAUAUCUGUUAUGACUAAAAGUUCACCAGUAGAUCUAGUGACAGAAACUGAUCAAAAAGUAGAAAACUUCAUUAUUUCUUCGGUAAAAGAAAAGUAUCCUUCUCACAGCUUCAUUGGAGAAGAAUCUGUUGCAGCUGGAGAGGGCAGCAUUUUGACAGAUAACCCCACAUGGAUUAUAGACCCUAUUGACGGAACUACAAACUUCGUACACAGGUUUCCAUUUGUGGCAGUUUCAAUUGGCUUUGUUGUAAACAAAAAGAUAGAGUUUGGAAUUGUGUAUAGUUGUAUAGAAGACAAGAUGUAUACUGCCAGAAAAGGAAAAGGUGCAUUUUGCAAUGGUCAAAAACUUAAAGUAUCAGGCCAAGAAGACAUUACAAAAUCCCUUUUAGUAACAGAAUUGGGAUCAAAUCGUGAUCCAGAGACGAUAAAAAUUAUUCUUUCUAACAUGGAAAGACUUCUCAGUAUUCCUAUUCAUGGGAUUAGAGCUGUUGGUACAGCAGCUGUGAACAUGUGCCUUGUGGCAACGGGUGGAGCUGAUGCCUAUUAUGAAAUGGGCAUUCACUGCUGGGAUAUGGCAGGAGCUGGAAUCAUCAUUACUGAAGCAGGCGGAGUACUGCUAGAUGUAUCAGGUGGACCAUUUGAUUUGAUGUCUCGAAGAAUAAUUGCGGCAAGCAGUCGAGCUAUAGGAGAGAGAAUAGCCAAAGCACUUCAAGUAAUUCCUCUGAAAAGGGAUGAUGCAACUAACUGA